AUGGAGGAGGGCCGCCGCCGGCGCGGUAGCGGGAGAGACCGCAUCAGCGGCCUCCCCGACGAGCUGCUGCACGAAAUCCUACGCCACCUCAGGUCGUCCCCCGCCGCCGCGCCCACCAGCGCGCUCUCCCGCCGCUGGCGCCGCGUCUGGGCCGGCGUCCCUGAUCUCGUCCUCGGCCGCGACCUGCCGAUCCGUCACGGGGCCUCCUUCCUCGACGCCGUCGACGCCGCCCUCGAAUCCUACGACUCCGCCGCCGACCCGGCCGCCCACCUCCACGGGCUCGAGAUCAGCGCGCGGCCCGGACGCGACGCGACGUUUCACCCGUUGCCGUCCGACGAGCUCGAGCUGCCGCCGUGCGAGAGGGCGACGAGCAUCAGGCUCCUCCUCAGCGAACCGUUCCUCCUCCGGCCCCCGCCGAUCGGCACCGGCACGUUCGCGGCGCUGGCCGAGCUGGAGAUUGUCCGGGUCGCCAUGGAUGCCCGGGAGCUUGAGGUCCUCGUCUCCUCGCCGUGCCCGCGCCUGCAGAAGCUCAUCCUGUUUAUCACGCUGGUGGACGCCUCCGACCUCUCCCUGCGCUCCGCAACACUCAGGCACCUCAAGUUCCACGUCUCCGAAACCCGCCGCCUCGACGUCGCCGCCCCUGCACUGCAAGUGCUGCAUGUAUCCUUCGUCCAAGACGGCGGCCACAUUGCCGCACCGGAUCUGGCCGAGGUCUCCUUGGACGGCCCCGACGCGGGGUGCCACCUCCAGCGGCUAGACAUUAAGCAUCGGUCUUCUGCAAAGGCGCCUCUGAUGCAGCGGUUCGACACGGUCAACGAGCUUAGAAUCCCUUCUCAACUUGUGCUUGAAACAAAGGGAUUCAUUCCAAAUUGCAAGACCUUGGGGGUAUCCUUCUCAAGAAAUUCGCAUGCCUGUGUACCAUGCAUGAUGCGUCUCAUUAGGAGAAGCAACGGUAUAAGGAAGCUUGUAAUAUCUGCGCCUGUCUCCACGCGUCUUUAUUGCUCGUCGUCUUACUCAUGUCGCUCACCACAGAGCGCCAUGGCAGACAUCAUCCUUGAUUCACUUGAAGAGAUAGAUCUCCAUUUACUCGGAAGAGGAUCAGCACAAGAAGUGGACUUCCUCGAGCCGCUGCUAUCCAUGUGCAACGCAGCAAAGCUUAAAGGUGUGGAAAUUAGCAUACCGUACCAAGAUGGUAAUCCUUCUUUAAGUGAUAGUGCAUGCAGAAAGAUCCUAGAAAUGUCUCGUCGGACCAAUGUCAAUAUCAGAUUAGUAUGUGUUGAUUGAGAAGUAACGGUUUAUUCUCCUGUUAUGAGAUUGUUCUACUGAUGAGUUUUACAUCUCCA